UGCGUCACGGGAAACCGCCCAGUCACGUAGCAGAUGAGCUCGGCGACUGGCUGGCUGACUGACUGCUGUGAGUGUAUGGUAGAUGUUGUGAGCGGGGAAGAACGGACGGACCGGUGGGGAGCGGAGCGGAGCGGAGCGGAGCGGGAGGGUGAGAGAGCGAGAGCGAGAGCGAAAGCGAGAGCGGAGGGACGGACACGGCAGCUGUUCCACUGAUGUAAUGUUGCCUGUUUGGUGACUACGGAUGGCGGUGUGUGCCAGACUCUGCGGAGUGGGUCAGUCGCGGCGGUGCAGGCGGCGGCAGAGGCACGACCAGCACGGCAGCGACUCCGAAAUGGACAUGGACGAAGAGGAGGGGGAGAGGAUCGUGGGCGAGGCGAGGGGCGGCUGGCACCAGAGCCGCACAGCGGGGCCUAGCGAGGCCGCUGCCGCCGCUAGAGUAGCGGGGAGCCCUCAGUCUCUGGUGGAUCUUCCCCCGGAGCUUCUAGUGGAGAUCUUCUCCUCUUUGCCGGGCACGGUGCUGCCCAACCUGGCCUUGGUCUGCAAGAAAUUCAGGCAGAUCCUCAGCACGGAAACCAUCUGGAGGAGACGAUGCACUGAGGAGUUUGGCAUGAGGGAUGACCUGCGAAAGAUGGAGGUCAUGGGUGUGUCCAGCAGGGAACUGUAUGUAAAACGUGUGAACCCUCGUGUGAAGUCUGGUCGCUUUAUGAAGCUCCUUCCCGAUUACGAGCACAUGGACUAUCGGGACGUGUAUGCACACUUGCUCCAUCCAUACAGACACAUUUUGGGUCUCUGGCAGCCAGACAUAGGCCCAUACGGAGGUCUACUGAAUGUAGUGGUGGAUGGCCUGUUUAUAAUCGGUUGGAUGUAUCUGCCGCCUCACGAUCCUCGUGUAGAGGACCCAAUGCGCCGCCGCCCCCUCUUCCGCAUUCACAUGUGGGAGAGUAAGAAGGCAACUGUGGAGUGCAUGUAUGGCCAUAAGGGUCCUCACAAAGGAGACAUUCAGACAGUAAAAAAAGACGAGUUCUCUACCAAAUGCAACCAAACAGAUCACCAUCGAAUGCCAGGGGGCAGACAAGAGGAGUUUCGUACGUGGCUGGAGGAGGAAUGGGGACGGACACUGGAGGAUAUUUUUCAUGAACACAUGCAGGAACUGAUCCUGAUGAAGUUUAUCUACACCAGCCAGUAUGAUAAUUGCCUGACGUACCGGAGAAUAUACCUGCCCCCGUGCCUACCUUCAGACUUACUGCAGCCGGGCCUCUUCAAAGGCACAUACGGCAGCCACGGCCUGGAGAUCAUCAUGCUGAGCUUCCAUGGCUCUCGGGCCAAAGCCACCAAACUCACAGGUGACCCUAAUGUGCCAGCAGGUCAGCUGACCUUAGACAUAGACCUUAGUCGACCGGUUCAGCUGCCUGACUUGGAGCACCAGCGGAGCAUCGAGGAGCUCUCUCGCCUGGUGAUGGGAGUGCAUGAGGAAGUCCAGAGGGGAUCCCAGGAUCCUGCUGCUGCAUCAGCGGAGGCAGAAGAGUGUUCCACUGGGGCAGAGGGCUCAGAGAACACCCCUGCGGAUGAAGCAGAAGAAGCUGGCGCUGGAGCAACAAGUUCUCGCACUGAACCCCAGCCCUUCGUUCUGCCUUUAGGAGUCAUGGCCCGCAAUGAGGUGUACCCACGCACAUGCAAGAUGUGUUUCUAUGGGACAGGCCUCAUAGCUGGUCACGGCUUCACGAGUCCGGAGCGCACACCAGGCCUUUUUGUUCUGUUCGAUGACGACCGCUUUGGUUUCAUCUGGCUGGAGCUCAAGUCCUUCAGCCUGUACAGCCGGCUGACAGACCAGCUGGAGCACGCUCAGGCCCCCAACAUGGAGCGCUUCGAGGCUAUGCUCCGCAACAUGCAAUCAUGGACAUCCUGAUAGCCCAGCACCUCCUCCUCCGUCCUGCUCCCCUGCAAAAGAGACGGCAAUUCCAGCCCUGCAGGGCCACACGUCCAACUCGCCUGACUGAACUCAUGAGUAAUUCCCAAUCUGCUGAUGAGUUGAGCCAUAAGUGUUGGAGCAGGGACAGAAAAUGACAUGUUGUUGUGGUCUCCCAGGGCAGGAAAUGCCCAUUCCUGUUCAACAUGCUCCAAAACUCACAUCCCCACACAACCUGAAGCAACCUCCCUAUAGUCUUCACACAUACAAAAAGAAAUACCCUGCACACAAGUGUGUCUGCAGAGGCAAGCUCAUACAGGUUGUAUUAUACUGAGGCUUUCUUAUCAGCUUUUUAAUUAAUUUAUUUUUGUAACCUGGAGAUGAAGAUGAAGAGGAUUAUAUGACAAUACACCCACAUACUCUGGAACAAGCUGAGUGUGCCUCUGUAUCAUUACCAUGGUAUUUAACCCAAGACUACUCGUAGAAAUUUGUAGCUGCCUGUACUCUUGAAAGUAAUUUAAGUUCUAAAGGUCUGUCUUCAACAAAAGUGGGAUGUUCCCAGCUGUUCAGUUGGUGGUAGCUUAUAAUUGAUGCUUUGUCCUUUGUCCGAUCUCAUGCUAUUUGACUAUGCUGUUGUUUUUUAAUCUGUACUGCUGUUGCAUUGCUUUUAAUUUCCGUGGCUUGCGUUGACCAUGAGGAUGAUUGAAGAGGUUGCCUCUCAUUUUUUUAUUUGAAUGUUUUCAAUAAGUAACUGACGUAGCCUGUGGUACACAGUACAGAUGGUUAGAAUGUGAACCUUGUAUGACCCAUGAUAAAAGCUGCAUUCCAUUUGAACUUGGAUGUCGGAAAAUGUUUUAAGUUCCAUUUAGGAACUGAAACACAAGUCAGAUUUCCUAGUUGGAAAGUCAGAAGAACCUCACCAGCCCUGAAUUUAGAAUCCAAGAUGGCUGCACCGCACAUCAACAGUAAUACAGACAGUAGUAAUGUUAGCACUUCCAUUUAUUUGUGUGUCAUUAAAUCAGUCUGUACACACAGUUCUGUUUAGCUUCUGUCUGUGGACAUGUUUUAAUGAUGUUUGGAUCUGCAAAAUAUCAUAUAAUCAACUAUACAAGUGUUUUCAAGACUGUCAAACCAGUUGUAAUAAACUCUAAAAUAUUUAAAUUACUGUUAAAUGUUUUGCAACUGUUUACAAUUAUCUAAAUGUGUAACUGGAACACAGUCAAUCCAAGUAUGGCACAAUUCCCAGCUCCAAUAUCCAAGGAAAAUGUAACGCAGCAAAAGACUUUGAGUAUCAGUCAGUGGUAAAAUAUGUUAAUACAUUAUGUGACGCAGUUCUUAGAUGACUUUACUAGAGCUGUUAUGAUGCCGUCCUGUGCCAGACCAAAAAUCGGAUUUUAAGGGGUUUGUUUUGUCUAGAAACCUGCUUUUUUUCUCUUUCUUUUAUUUAUUUUUUUUACAAAAACAGACUGAAAUUAAGCUUUAUACCAUCUUUUGGAGCUAAAACUGCAUAUUCAGCAUGUACUGUAUAAUUUAGCCAAUUUCUGUUAGUUAUUCCUUUGAGUAAAUCACUUUACCUGGGUGAUUUAUUUGCAGCAUCUAAAUCUACUUCACAAGAGCAUGUAUUGUAAUGAAUAUGCAUGCUGUUCUAACACAUGUGGGUGAAUUUCCUUAAUUAGGUAACUGAGAGUAUUUCAUUCAUAUAUUUAUGGACUUUGGCUUUGUACCUUGGGUGCCAUACCUACAGUACAUGUAUGCAUUCUCUUAAAUGAAUAUCCUUCAAAUCCUUUAUUCAUAAAAAUGCAAAUCAUAUUUCUAAAUGGUUAAAAAUGACAUGGAUCUAUAAUUGGUAAAUAAGCCAGCCUUACUUUUCUCUAGCUUUUGUCACUCUGGAAAGGAAUGGCACCAGAAACUGGCAUGCAAGUGCAUGUGUGGAAAGCACCAGCUAGUACCUGCAAAAUUCACUGGAUCCCAGGCAGAUUGGACCUGCUUUAACAUUAUUUAUUGGCUCAAUAACUUAUGUUGCACUUGUCAGUGACAAUUUUCCUACACACUAAAUAAACCCAAACAGCUUGAAUAUUAAUAUUGAUAGAACAUGUGGCAUGCUUAUUUAUUAUCAUCUUUUGUUUUAUAUUUAUACGACGAGGAACGCAUUUGUUUAACCUCCUUAAUAUCCUUCAGGCAAUUUCGUCCAACAGAUAUGACAGAUGCUUCCUUGUGCUGUGCUGAGGUGCGAUCAAAAAGCUGUGCAGUUGCUCCUCUCAAAGUGCUCUUUCCUAAGCAGCAUAGGCAAUGACCAGACUAGAUUCCGCUGUCUGUACUUUUGUAUUCAGUUGCAGCUUUGCAAAAACUAACCACUACAAUAUAAAUAUAAUAUAUAUAUAUAUAUAUAUAUAUAUAUAUAUGUAAAAUGAAUGGGGAAAAAAUAUUUAAUUAUAUAUUUCAGCUUUGUUUAGGGAUGAUUGUGCACAUCACUGCAAUGUUCAAUUUUUAAAAAAAAAUACCACCUGUCUGUUGUAUGACCUCUGUAAAGUGAGAACUGUCUCAAACAGGAUAUCUACACGACUUCUUAACAGAUGUCUAAUGAAAGUUGUGUCUAAUGUAAAAUCCAUUGCAUACAACUUCAGGGAGCUUUGAAGUAAGUGUUCGUCUAUUCCCAAUAAAUGAAGGUAAAAAGUA